AUGAAGAUUUCUUACAAUGGAAAAGUGAGGAAGAACGAAGAGGAAAAAAUUUCUUACUUUUUGAGAAGUACAAUAACUCUUAAAGAAGGUGGGAAAAAGAGUUACUUCCUUUGUAAUCGAUCUGGAUUUUAUAAUUCUAAAAGUAAAGGUGUAAGAGCUAUAAAAUCACAAGGUACCUGCAAAAUAGAGGGGCACUGUCCAUCUACUAUUGAAGUUACCAGUAAUGGCAUUAUUAAGAUUUUAUAUUUCCAAACACACGUGGGACACACAGUAGAUCUAGAACAUUUGCCAUUAACAAAAGAUUUGCGAGAAGUGAUUGCAGGUAAGUUUCUUUAUGAACUUGAUUGUGAAAUUCAAUAUAAAACAGACAUUAUUAUACAACAUUAUCAUAUAAAUGCAAUAUUUUCAGGUAAGUUAAAUGAAGGCAUUCCACCACAGAAAAUAUUAGAUUCCACAAGGAAUAGUAUUAAAGAAGACAUUUACAGGGAGCAUUUAUUGACAAAAAAAGACAUACAUAACAUUUCUAAUUCUUACUGUAUUGGUAAUGAUGAACAAUAUCAUCCAACUGAUGCUGUCAGUUUAAGGAUCUGGAUAGAAAAAAUGAAAUGUUUAGAUGAUAAUCCAGUUCUUUUUGUAAAAUUCCAAGGAGAAGCAGCAGAUCAGCACUUGGAAAUUAGUGACUUCUGCAUCAUCAUAAUGACAAACGUUCAAAAGCAUAUGCUUUUAAAGUUUGGAUCCGAUAGCACACAUGGGACUAAUGCUUACGAUUUUCAAUUAUCGACAGUUUUAGUCAUAGACGAGUUUAAUUCAGGAUUUCCUGCUGCUUUUUGCCUAAGCAAUAGAGUAAAUUUAGGUUCAAUGCAAAAAUUUUUUCAGUGUAUUAGGGACAAAGUUGGACUGCUGUCUGUAAACUGCUUUAUGAGUGAUGAUGCACCAGUAUAUUAUACUGCAUGGACAUCAGUAAUGUGUGAUGCCAAAUUUAGGAUUCUAUGCACCUGGCACGUUAAAAAGGCAUGGCUGCAAGCAGCAAAUUCAAUUAUCCCCUCAAAGCGAAAGGAAGUUUUGAAAUUUUUAAAUGUAGUAUCUGAAUGUCAUGAUAUAAAAGAAUUUGAAGCACUGAUAUCUGAUUUCCUCAGCAAACUCUUUGCUGAUAGAGAUACAGACAAGUUUGCUAAUUAUUUUGCUUCAAAUUAUGCAAACAGAUGUGAGUUGUGGGCUAAAUGUUAUAGAAAAAGAUGUAACAUCACAACUAACAAUCAUCUUGAAGCACUGCAUCGAGUUUUAAAAUAUUCUUAUCUUGAUGGAUUGAAAAACAAGAGGGUUGAUAGGUGCAUUGCGAAGCUUAUUAAUAUGGUGCAAGAUAAAUGGUUCCAGAGAUUUAUCAAAACAACAAAAGGGCCAAACACAUCAAAGAUCAACCAAACAAAUUUACGACACAACAGAGCAAUAAAUUUUCCAGCUAAUAAUAUCACAGAAAUCAAUGAGUUUUCUUGGCAUGUGAUUUCAGAAAGUGACCCUACUCUUGAAUAUACUGUUACUCAAAUACAUACACAAUGCAUUAAUUGUAACAUUGUUUGUAAAUGGUGCAAAAUUUGUAACGAUGCAUUUGUAUGCACAUGCACAGAUGCCACGAUUAAAGGAAGUGUCUGUAAACAUAUACAUGCAAUAAUUUUAAAGACAAUUAGACGUAACAUAGAGCUUUCGACGUCA